UAUCAUAAGAUAAGGGGAGGCCUUUCUUCAGUUUCUAUUAAUACCAACCAAACAACCAUUCAUUUUCCAUCACUAACAACUCCUUCAUACAACUUCUAUACCCUCUCUGUUAACCAAAAAAAAAAACCUCUUAUCUUGCAAACCAUGACUGCCUCAACAAUGGCACUCUCUUCCUCUCUGCUCGGAAAGGGGGCGAAACUCGCCUCCUCGCCUUCCGGGCUCAAGAGUGGUGGCAGGGUCCUUAGGGUCACCAUGAGGAAGUCUGUCGGCAAGGCUGUCUCGUCCGGCAGCCCAUGGUACGGCCCGGACCGAGUCAAGUACUUGGGCCCGUUCUCCGGCGAGCCACCGUCCUACCUUACCGGGGAAUUCCCCGGUGACUACGGCUGGGACACCGCCGGGCUCUCGGCCGACCCGGAGACCUUUGCCAAGAACCGCGAGCUCGAGGUGAUCCACUCCAGAUGGGCCAUGCUCGGAGCUCUCGGGUGCGUCUUCCCCGAGCUCUUGGCCCGCAACGGUGUCAAGUUCGGUGAGGCCGUGUGGUUCAAGGCCGGAGCCCAAAUCUUCAGCGAGGGGGGACUAGACUACUUGGGCAACCCCAGCUUGAUCCAUGCCCAGAGCAUUCUGGCCAUCUGGGCCAGCCAGGUUAUCUUGAUGGGGGCCGUUGAGGGCUACCGCAUCGCCGGUGGGCCGCUCGGUGAGAUCACCGACCCCAUCUACCCCGGGGGAAGCUUCGAUCCGUUGGGCCUUGCUGAUGAUCCGGAGGCUUUUGCUGAGCUCAAGGUGAAGGAGCUCAAGAAUGGAAGACUUGCCAUGUUUUCCAUGUUUGGGUUCUUUGUUCAAGCCAUUGUGACCGGAAAGGGCCCGUUGGAGAACUUGGCGGACCAUCUUGCUGACCCAGUUGCCAACAAUGCCUGGGCCUAUGCCACCAACUUUGUCCCCGGGAAGUGAGAAACAUGAGAGAGAGAGAGAGAGAGGAAUUGUCUUAUUUUAGUUUGAUCUUUGAUGUGAAGUUGAUGUGAAUUAACGAAAUAUAUGAAUGAUUUUGUGUUCUAUGUGCAA